AGAAACUUGCAAAACACAAACAGAGGCAGGCAGGGCUUCGGUCUCCCGCACGCUGCGCAGUUCCUGCUGGGAUAUUAACACGAAAUAAUCCUGUAAAUAAAUAAAUAAAUAGAGCGGGGAGGGGGGACGCGCGAGUCCGAUUGGCUGCAACUGAGAAGACUCGUUCUGUGCUCCCUGCAGGCUCCUCCUCUCUUCAUCUUCUUCUGCUUCAUCUUCUUGCCAUAGAGAAAGAGCAUAAGGAAGAAGGGACAUUCGGGAAAUGGGGAAACUUGGAUCUUGUUACCCACCCAGCCAGGAAUCCGAGCUGAGCCCCCAGUGCCUGCAGAGACCCUGAAUAAAUUGCCCAUUCAUUCGAUCACUCACUGGGACUUUCUAUAAUUACCCCUGGAUAUAGUCGGUGAUCAUCGAUAUCGAUCUGAUAUUCGGUUAUUGCUGCUGCUCACUUCUCUAUUGGCUCGUGUGCAUCUGCCAAGGCUAUGGCUCGGCCAACUACCCAACUGCCUGCCAGCGAGAAGCUACAGGGGCAUCUGCUGCACCCUACGCCUCCCAUUGGGGUCCCCGGGUCGGGGAUGGUGAGUUUAAAGAGCCUCCUGCAAGGACCCAUAAAGGGUCAGGAUCGCAGAACGAGAGAGAUGUCUAACUGUAUAAUGAAGGACAAGGAGAGGAAACUAGAAGAUGACAUGACUGGUCCUCGUCCUUCUCACUGUGCGUUAUUUGGCUCCCUACUGUGGGAACGCGCAUUGCCAUGUAAUGAGAUUGAGUAUGUGGACCUGGAUGAGUUCCUACGAGAAAAUGGCCUCCCACCAAGCCCACCUCACCAGCCCUUCUCACCAGCGAAUCUGACACCACCUCCUUCUAACCAGUCAGUGGUCGAUCUUAGUCGGCCGGCCUCCUGCGCCUCUUCUAGCUCCACCUGUUCUUCUCCUGUGCAAAGCAUAAUGGACAGUGAAUAUGAACAUCCAAGCAGCAAAGCAGGUCAGAUGACUCCUGUGUCCAGUGACAGCCCAAGCCCCGAGGAUCCAGAAUCUAUAGAAGUCAUUUCAAAGUUUGAUCUAGAUCCCGCCGAUCUCGCUUUGUCAAGUGUGCCUGGACAUGAGACCUUUGACCCCAGAAAGCAUCGAUUUUCUGAAGAAGAGCUAAAACCACAGCCAAUAAUGAAAAAAGCAAGAAAGAUUCAGGUGCCGGACAAUCAUAAGGAUGAAAAAUAUUGGAAUAGAAGGUACAAAAAUAACGAGGCUGCCAAACGCUCUCGUGAUGCUCGUCGGCUCAAGGAGAACCAGAUCACAGUGCGGGCUGCCUUCUUGGAGAAAGAGAAUUCAGUGUUGCGUCAAGAAGUGUCCAGAAUCCGUCAAGAACUCUCUCGCUACCGAAACAUCCUCUCCAAAUACGAGUCACAGCAUGGAGCCUUGUAAAGAUGUGAGUUAUUGUGUAGCUGUUGCACGGACUAACACAACUUCACAAGAAUCUUCCCCCACCAUCCCAUACUUUGUCUCCCCAAGAUCUGCCCCUUUUUUCACUGACUAUUAAAGAAGAUACAGAGGGCACGAGGGACAUAUGGAAAGCAACUGAUGUUUAGCACUUCGCUCUGUUUUGCUUCCUCUGAAUUUCAACAUUCCGUCAGGACUUCCUGUUUUCCAAGGAAGAGGGUGCUUAGAUUGUUGAACUAAUUCGCUAAAUGGGGUAUCACCAGCAACUUGAAGAAAAGAGAACAUUUAACAGGGAAGAGGAAGCCAAGAGCUGAUUCUGCCAUAUUGUACAAAGGCAUUAACCAAUACACCAGCGAGCACGUCAAGGUUCUUUACCUGGUAUCAAAUAUUCCUUGCACACAACUCUCUGGUAGCAUUUUCUUUCUUUAGAUUUCUCUUCUAGGGUUUUCGUUUUGAAGACAAAAGUGUUGAGGGUACAACCCAAUGGUACAGACACCUACUGUACCUAAUCAUUGUUUGAAAAAAAAAAAUAUAUAUAUAUAUAUUUCUAUAUAUAUAACUUUUGAUAAUUUAACAGAGAGAUUCUGUCAUUUGAAAUGAAUCAACUUCAUUAAGGCAUUCAUUGCAGUCUUUGGAUAAACAAGUUGGGGGGAUGGUGUAAGGAUUUGCUAAUGCUGUAUUUAUAUUCUUAAUGUCAUAUAGGCCAAAAUCUAUAUCUCUUAACGAAACCAACAACAUUCUGCUAAAGGGGAUUGGUUGUGAACCACUAUAUUUUAUAAGCACCAACCAAUCCCUGACCCUUUCUUGAGCCUUACACAACUGUUACAAUUCUAUUCCACCAUAUACAGAGGAAAGGAAUAUUUUUUUCAGAUGGUUUAUGACUCAGCUAGGAUGGCUUAGAAAUAACCCAUUUAUAGAGGAAAGGCUCAGAACUAGAUGGAGAGCUUGCAUUCAUUAAGAGGAAACAGAAUUAGUGUUCUUCAAUUCAUAAGGUCAUGAUUUACAAAUGGAAGAGGCUGCAUCAUCUUCUGGGUGCUCUCUGGGUAAAUAGAUGAUUUGGGGGCAUUACUAGUUUCCUCUCACCUUCCUCAUCUCUUUACUAGAUGUUAUAGAUGACAAGUUCUUACAUAUGAACUGCAGGGGUUUGAUUUAUUUUCCAGUGUCUGGCCGUUUCUACUUAUUUAUCUUAUUUUAGGAUUGUCACCAUCAGCAUUUUGACUGCCACGGUCCUUUCAAGGAGAACCGUCCAGCCAAAAUUCUCUGAAGCCUCUUCUUUUUCAUUUGAAAGAGAAACACCCUGCCUAUAUCUGUCCUUGACGUUUCAGGUAGGGAACUUUCCACGUAGGUAAAUAUUAGCUGAGUACUACUGGAGACGGCCCAUGUGUCUUUUGAAACUUAAUAGCAGCUUUACAAGAUGUUUGCAGGGUUCCACAGAAACAACUUAUCACAACAAAUACAAAGCCCCUUCUCAGCUGAAUGUACUGAAUGUACUGGAUCUGCAAAAUAAGCUGCAAACCAUUUCUGAAAUUGUAUAUUAGGGCUGAUUUACUGACCUGGGUGCUAAAUUGCACGAGUGGACUUGCCAAUUACAUAUUUAUAAAUCAGCUGUGUUGUGUUGGGUUCACUGGAAUGUUUUACAGCAGAUAAGGUAUAACUCUUGCCAACGCAUAUGAAAUCAAUAUCCUGCCUAAGCAAGUUUUUUGGUUUUAAGCCUUCCUUUGUGGUCCAUUAUGUGGUCAGGCCUAUUACAGCUCAUAACAAAUCAGUAUAUUACCUACUAAAGUAUCCAUGACAGCAAAUCAGAAAGCAUAACUUAUUUUUAGCAGACUGGGCUCCUAAUCAUCACUUAGAGCGGUAAGAAAGUGACCAGCCCCUCGAUUUGGAAAAUUGGGCUUAGAUUCCUUCUGCAGCUGUUCAAUAUGCAUCUAAAAUAAUUGCUAAUCGGCCAUACAACAUAGGAAUUUCAUGGGUUUGAAAUUUUAGGGGUGAGGUAGCAAUGCUAGGUACAACGGGUAAAAAAGGUAAUUAAUAAGAGCAAGAGAUCCACUUAUAAAUAUGGUAUAAUUGUAAAAAACCUCUUAUGUAUGGUGGGGGGAGUGGGACUAUGACUGCGCAGAUAUGUUAUUCCUCUGCAUACACUGUUUCUACUUCUGGGGCCUAUAUGUGUGUUGCUUUGAAACACGCAGGGUAUACAAGAUUGCAAAAUAUGACUCCAUUACACAAAAUGGAAAAAGCUGGGUAGAAUUAGAUUUGUGUGUGUAUUUUAUAUCAGAAAAGCAGGUUAUAGAUUAUUGAUCUCAGCUUCAGUGAAUCAAAGCUAUAUAUAUAGAUUGUGCAUUGGAGUACAUGUAUGCACUUUAAUUAAUCGAUUAAUUGAUCAGUUCCUGCUCUAUGGCAGGAUUUAUAAUACUUGCGAUAGCUGGAGGGCCGCAGUUAGAGCAUCACUUACAUAUCCCACCCACUGCUACUGGGAAGCUGCACAGUAUCCUUAUUUAGGAUAGGUCUGUCUGUGGCAGUAGCUUGGCUAAUAUUAUCCGAGACUGGAAAAUUACCGGUUAUAGGGCUGCUCAAAAUAUGUGGUUUAAAUUUGACACAACUUUGUAACAUUUCUCAGUUCUCAUCUGUGCCCCCCCUACAGUGAAAGCAGAUGUGCCCAGCCCCCCCCCCCCCCCGAAAGAAUGGGGACUGCGUCCUCUGUUUCCUUUAGGGCAUGUACCCACUGCUAAUGCAUGUUGUAUUAGUUUACAGGCUUAGCUUAUGCUACUGAAGUGCUGCCACACUCUGCUGCGGGUACCAGAUGCGCACAUUUACAUGAUCUUUUUUGCACAUCUGCACAGGUACUGCUAGUGAACUGUAUUGUGAAAGUAAUAAAUAAAACACCCGUUUUCACCAGCAGGGAGCUAGGUUGUAAAAGCUUAUAGAUCUCAAUGCUUGUCAGCCUUGGGUAGAUGCCCUUAUGAAACAAUGAAUGGCACAGCUGUGGAUUUAUAACAUAAGCACCGAUGACAGGUUCUGUUAGGAAUUGUGGGGUUAUUGACAACAGUGGCAUAAAGUAAAGACUUUGGUAUUAGUGUAUUUUAGGGCGUAUGAACACUUCAAGUCUACUUUUCAGCUAACUCCCCUUUUUGUGAAUUUGACUGUGUGCUUGCUGGAACGGGAAAUAUGAUGUAGCUAUUUCUUCAACUCUCAUCCCCUGUGUAUGCUCAAAAGAAUAUAUAUUUCUAUAUGUUUGCAAGGUGCCUUGUGUUCCUGGUGCUAGGGCACAUGCUCUGUCUAUGGAAGUGUUAGGCUGCUUAGCAUCUCAGUUUUCCAAUGCUAGUUAAAGGCUUUUUUUUGCAUGCACCCCUUCUUGUGGCUUAGUGGUUUCCAAUUAAGGAAGGAAUAGCCCCUAACUACAAAGCCUUGACAUGUGCAGCUAGUUGCCUCUUCUACUUCUUCAUUGUUUGGUGGAAAAACCUCAAUUUACUGCUAGUGCCAGUUUAAUUGUUUGGUGCACAUAUAUUUUUUCAGUGAGUAUGGUCUGAUCCAACCAGUCCCAUUUUGCAUUGCCACCUCUAUAAAACUGGACUCAGAUUAUAUCCACAUCUUGCAAAGCUAGAGUGCAUAUACGGGUAUGGGAUCUGUCAUCCAGAAACCAGUUAUCCAGAAAGCUCUGAAUUAUAUCCAAAUAAUCCACAUUUUUUAAAAUGAUUUCCCUUUU